UGUAAACGAUGCGAUCCUUCCAAAGCGUCCGCUCGAUUCACACUCAUAUAAACGUUUAAUAAGUCCCUCAUGCACAUCUGCGCGUUUACAUCACGCACGGCAUCACUGUUCAGCUGAUAGAUGAUGCAUGCUUGCCUCACGGGAUGAGAUUUAGAGGAGUGUAGUUCAAACGCGACCGGUGGCACGAUUUGUGCAGCCCCACUUCAUGUCGCACGUUUUUGAUCCUUAACAAUGCAAAGGAGCUGAUGCUGUCAGUUUAACUGCCGCGAUGACGCGCCAUGACGCCAUGCCGUGUUUCAUAAACGGAACGGAAGUAGCCGUAGCAGCAGAAGCAUGGACGCUGUCCUGAGCAGGUUGAAAGGUCUCACUGCUGAUCAGUUGAGGGAGGAGAUCAUUAAAGCCAACUUGAAUUGUGGCCCCAUCACUGCCACGACAAGAGCCAUAUUUGAGCGUAAGCUCGCCAGGACUCUGGUGGAGAAUGCUGGACUUACUGAGCCCGACAACAGCGGUGGUAAUAGUGCCUCGUUGAACAGCUCUGGUAGUGAAGUGCCACCCAGUGCCACAUCAGCAACCUCAGAUUCGGUUACAGGCGAGGAUGGGGAUUUUGGGUACGGUAUGGGCCUUAACCCACCUGAGGAGGAGGCUCUGAGUGGAACGGUGUGCCCGUGUAAUGUGGAGAAUUCACAGUCGGAGACACAGACACCCUCUAAAACUGCACAGGUGUCGCCCACCUUUUUCUACGGAGUGUGUCCGUUGUGGGAGGAUGUACUGGCUAGGAAUGAGAGAGCCCAUGUGUACACAGAAAAGAAAGAGGCUUUGCAGGCUGUUAAAAUUAUGAAGGGGGCUCGGUUUAAAGCUUUCUCCAAUCGUGAGGAUGCUGAAAAGUUUGCCAAAGGCAUAUGUGACUACUAUCCUUCGCCUAGUAAAAGCACUCCCUGUGUUUCUCCUGUCAAACCUGGCCUGGUGUUUAGCAAAGACCACCCGUCUAUGAUGGAGGCAGACACAAUCAACAGGGAGAAGGCAAACAGUUUUAAGAGCCCUCGGACUCAAGAUUUGACGGCCAAACUAAGGAAGGCUGUGGAGAAGGGAGAUGAGAUGGCCUUUACUGAGCUGGUCUGGAGUAACCCUCGUUACCUCAUCGGGUCAGGGGACAACCCUACUGUAGUCCAGGAGGGCUGCAGGUAUAAUGUGAUGCAUGUGGCUGCUAAGGAGAACCAGGCAGGCAUUGUUCAGAUCCAGCUGGACACUCUUGAGAACCCAGAUUUCAUGCGGCUUAUGUACCCAGAUGACCAGGAGAGCAUGCUGCAGAAACGCAUCCGGUAUAUCGUAGACCUGUACCUCAAUACGCCAGAUAAAGCUGGAUUUGAGACGCCUCUCCACUUUGCAUGUAAGUUUGGCUGUCCAGAGGUGGUGAACAUACUCUGUUCUCAUCCAGACAUCGACAAGAACUGCAAGAACAAGUACAACCAGAAACCCUCUGAGGUCAUUUGUGAUAGAAUGAAAGAAAAGGGUAAAGUUCAGGAGGUCAAACGGAAGAUAAAUGAAUAUUUAGAAGAUCGAUUGUACAUCCCCUUAUUGAGAGCCACCGAUAACUCCUCCCAGCCUGUGAUUGGUGCACCUUGGUCCCCUGAGCCAAUGGAAAACCAGUCACCACGGUUACCCAGAAGCCCAAAGGAUCCAGUUAUGGCAGUCCGGGCCUUUGCUGGACCUUUAAAUCCAUCUAAAGCGGAUGAGUUCAGACGAGCAUGGAAGACUCCUCCCAGAGAACGGGCAGACCAUUUCCACAACAUCCUGAAGUCUGACCCAGACCGUGGAGCUGAAAGAGUUGGCAGAGAUCUGGCCCAUGAGCUCGGUCACCCCUGGGCAGAGUACUGGGAUUUCCUGGAUAGUUUUCUGGACCUGCAGUCAACCGAAGGCCUGAAAAUGCUUGAAGAAUACCUCAGUAAAAAAGACUUCAGGGAGGCUGGAGAAAAUGAAACCAGAAACAGGUUUAAAACCCCAUCUCCGGGCAAACUGAAGAAGUUCUGUAACUCCAUCUCUGUGGGGGCAUUUUUGGAUGAGGGUGAUGAUAUCAGCCUGGAGGAGAUCAAGAACAGGCAGAACGCUGCCCUCACAAGUAUUUCUUCUGUGUGCUCCAAAGAUGGCCUGCAGGGGGCGGUAGGGGGGCUUGAGUUUCACAUCCUACCAGUUUCCCACAGCGCUGACCUCAUAGAGGUGGCGGCGGAGCAGGAUCUACUGCUCUCCAGCAGUAAAAAUGGCCUGUGUGAGCAGGGCCCCGGGGACAGGACUCCAAACGGGGACAGAAUGUCCCCUCGCAUCUGCAGUUCAUCAAAUUCCUGCAUUUUGUCGCCAAUCUCAAACCUAAUGGCUCAGUUUGAGAGGAUGUCUCUGCUGGAUGAGCCAGACAGGACAAACAGGGAGAGAAGAAGAAGUGGAGGGAAACGUCACAGAGACGCUCAGACCACAGAGCUCACCUCCGGACUGGGCCACCUCUCGUUGUCCUCGGAAGACGACUCUGUGUUUGAUAAAGACAGGACAUCAGUGUUACGAGCAGCAGAGAAUGAUGGAUUGCAGAGAAAAAAUGAAGUAGAUGCGAGAUCCAGUGCAAGUUCAGACGAGUACUUUCUGGCCAAUGAGAGGUUAGAACCUAUGAACCAACGAACUGUAGAGACUCCAGGAGGCGAGCGCACGAUCUGUGCCAGAUCAAAGUCCUGGGAUCAUGGGGGAAGAGACCUCAGCUCCUCAGGGUCUUCCAGCUCCUACAGAUCACUUGACAGUUCUCAGGACUUCAUACUGCGGACUCCUCCUAGAGUGACGAAAAGACUCUUCAUUGAAGGGGAUUCGCCUACCAAGUUGGACAGAGAGGUUUUGUCAGCUUUAGGUGGCACAGACAUUGACCCUCUGAAGUAUCCCAGCAUUGACAAAUGGAAGAGCACAAUUCAGGCAUACUCCCACUUAGAAAUGCAAAGCUGGCAGACUCCUGCAGUGAUCAAGAGCCAUUUCAGGGCUCACUCAGUCACCCCUGGCUCUCCAGUGAGCAGUUUGAUGUCCCCCGCGAGCCGCUUCAGCCCAGCUCGUCACAUGUGCUCACCGGACGUCUGCAGCCCCGGACGCUACAGCCCCGCUCAUUCAAACUACAGCCCUGUGAGCUACAUCCAGCGUAUCCGACUUAAACAUUUUGGUGACGCCCCCAUUUAACAAACUCUGUCCAUCCCAUCCAGCCCAAUUUCUACCGACUAGUAACUGAAGUAACAAGCGUAACAAUUAAAUAUGGGAUGGAACGUCGCCAAGGAGCACAGUGUCAUAACGGAAGCCAUGAAAUGCUCAAAUCGGGCUCCUAGUGCCGUGCAAACGGCAGAUAGGAUCUCACCGUCCUUCGGUUUGUAUGCUCCUAGGUUCGUAGAACACAGCUCAAAUAAUAAUAUGCACAUCUCCCGGGGGUUCCUGAAUCAUAAUAUAUAUAUAUAUUCGGCACUUCUGUGUAUGACACCAAGUGUGUUGAUCUGUGAUGGUCGUAUAGACUUUUUCUAACCUUUUUGUUUUGUUCUUUCUUAUCUGUGUGUAUGUGUGUGUGUGUGUGUGCUUGGGAGAUUUAUCUGUGGAUUUACAAAACGGUGUCUUUAAUGGAAAUGAACAGUUUCCCACUUAACGCAGUCAUUUAAAUUGGGGGGAAAAAAGAUGUCAGCAUAUAAACCCAGAUCUAAAUUAAAUAAUGUAGUAGUAAAUUAUUGAAUUAUUUUUGCUAGUUAACUGUCAGUAGCACAAAACGCUCAUUUUAAUGGUUUUUAAUGUAAAAAAAGAAAAAAAGUCAACUGACUGCCAGAAGUUAUUUUUAUUCUUUAAUUGGAGAACUGCCUUAAAUUUCUAAAAGAAAAGACCAACUUCUGAAUCUCAAAAGCAGGUGUUUAUUCAUGCUUUGUUAAUAGCAGCCUUAGGUGUUGGGGGAAAAAAGCAAGAGUCCUAUAAUGUGAGAAUAUUCCCCUUUUUCAUUUUUAAGUUCAAAAAAUGUGAUUUAUCAUUUCUAAGUACGCAUUUGUUUGCACUUUGAAUUCUUUUUGGAGUUUGACACAGUUCACCAUGAACAACAGAUGAGACUCGGUUUGUCGGAAAGACAUGAAUCUGCAUAGUUUGAGCCAUGCCACAUUCAAGCUAAUGCAAAUUUGAUGAUGGCAAGUCAGUACUGUCUUGUUACGUUAAUGUCAUGAUAGCUGUAAGACUUAAUGAUUGUGGAUCCGGAGUGUUGUAAGUGCACUUUAAAUGUGUUCGGAAAAAAUCAUUGUCCUUCAUCCCAUCAUAAAUGGCCAAUAUUUCAGUCUCACUGCUAGAUCAUGUCAAUGCGAUUCUCACUGGCUUCUGAAAUGGAUCCAUUUGCCAGAUUCACCCCAUUCGUUUUGGAAUCUAAGCUACUUGACUAGAAGCAGAAAAGCUCCAGGUAGCUCAGUUUUAUGUGAUGAAUAUCUCAAGGAAUCGAGUCCAGAACAUCCUCUGUGGUACUUUCAGAUCAUGUGAUCUAUUUCUUUGGUGCCCAUCAUUCUCCGUGUAGUGCUGGCCUGUUGAUCUUUGCUUUGUAAAGCUUUAGUGCCUUUGAUUAUGAUCUGUUUGGAAGGGCCUGUGGCUCCUCCCCAGGGUAUGACAGAUGCACUGACCACAUACAAGCUGAAUAGACCUUUUUUUCUGUUUCCUAGUGUAAAAUAGAGUACAGUAGCAUUGGCAUAUGCAGUGUCUGAAUACCUCUUAAAUACGAUUGUAAGAGAAGAAAAAAAGGUUUACCGUUUUAGUUAUUGCUAGUGUUGUAUCAAUGCCAGCCUUACUUUUUGUUAAAUGAUGCUUUGUAGUGCCAACACUGGUGAAUUGAGAAUGAGUUGUAGUUUAUUGUUGAGAAUUGACUUAUUUUGUUGUCCUGGCCUUUACGUUGCAUGCAUUUCUAGUCCUAUUUUAUUACAGUAUACGUUAAAGGAAAGUAUUUGAUGUUCUAUUGACGAACGAUAAAUAAAGUGCACAGUCUUGUAACUUUACUGACU